CACAUCGAUCCCCGGCAGAGAUCGUAUAUGUCAUGAGUUCACAGCCGCGAGGCAGCGGAACACAGCCAGGUCCAUCCCAGUCACCGAUUUCGCAGCGAAACUUUCGAUACGAGCCGGCGAGAAGUGGUUACACGUCUCCGGGACAGUAUUCCACGUAUUCUACAAGCACCGCCGAUCGUGUCGGUUGCCUGACCGCUGUCAGAAUGUCAGCAUUCGCCAAGCUCUCACGUUUCACACGUCGUCUCGUGCACAUUCGGCAAAUGGAUUUCGAGUUUGCCCUCUGGCAAAUGCUCUAUCUGCUCAUUCAGCCAUCGAAAGUCUAUAAAAACUUUAUUUAUCGAAAACGCACCAAGGAUCAAUUCGCCCGUGAUGACCCGGCAUUCCUUGUCCUUCUCGCCCUUUCCCUUCUCUUUUCUUCAAUAUUCUACGCCUACGCUCUGGGCCUUGAGAAAAUCGGAUUUUUCACGUUUUUCCUCUGGUCUGUCUUUGUUGACUGUAUCGGAGUGGGCGUGGUCAUCGCUACGGUGCUCUGGUGGGUCUCGAACCGAUUUCUACGGAAAGUUCGUGACCAGGACGUCGAGUGGGGUUAUUGCUUCGAUGUACAUCUAAACGCGUUCUUCCCGAUGCUCAUUUUGCUGCAUGUCAUCGUGCCGAUUUUGUAUCCAACUCUCAUCGACUCGCCGGCAUUCCUCUCCAUCCUGCUUGGCAACACGUUCUGGUUCCUGGCCGCGUGCUACUACGUCUACAUCACAUUUCUCGGCUACACGGCUCUUCCGAUUCUCCACAAAACUCAAUACUUCCUCUAUCCCAUCUCGUUCAUUUUCAUGUUCUUUGUGGCGACACUGACCGGCGGAUGGAACAUUUCACGGACUGCUCUCAACUUUUAUCAUUCCCGUGCCGAACCGCACAAAUUUGCGCCCCAACACGGCGGUCUUUAAAUGAUCGUGUCCCUCUCUAAUUUGUUUGUAAAUUUUUUAGUGAUUUUUGAGCUAUCUGGAAGUGAAAAUAUGGUUUAAAAUGGGUCUCGUAGCGAUUUUCUCACAACUUUGGAGCCAUGCGUUGGCGGUAAUUAAUUUCCCUUCAAGACCCCCACUCCAAAUUUUCAUCUCCAGCAAUAUAAAAAUUGCUUCGAAAAUAGUUAAUUUUUUCAACUAUUUAUACUGCAUGAUGGUGUGCUGAAAACCUAACCGAUUUUCCAUUAUUUUUCUUGUGUGUGUGUAAUUAAAACGUGUUUAUGAUUCUUUAUUAUUAUUAUUAGUAUUCCUUUCCCUCCGCCUUAAUUAUCGAUGAAAAAUUAUUUAAUA